AUGGACGAUGCCGCAAGAGAUUUCGCCUGCGAAGGAGCAAUGUUUGCGGAUGACAUGAAGAUAUGGAGCGUAAUUCGGGGCCCUGCCGAUGACGACAGACUGCAGAUGAACCUGAAUCGGUUGGAGGAGUGGUCAAACCGUUGGCUCCUGCGGUUCAACGUUGCCAAAUGUAGCAUACUUCGCCUAGGCAGCACAGACAGAUCCGCCAGCCCAAGAGGCUACUUUCUGGGCGGUGCAGCCUUACAAGAGGUCGAAGCCCAAAAGGACCUCGGUGUGCUGAUGACGAGUUCCCUAAUUCCAUCCGCUUACUGUUAGAGAGUGGCAAAAUCCGCAAUGUCCGUACUGUACUUUGACGAAGAUGCUUUGUCAAAGACAUUCGGAACAUUCGUCCGGCCGCAUUUAGAGUACGGCAUACAAGCUUGGAGGAUGUGGGCUGUUGAGGAUCAAAACUGCCUCGAAAGGGUCCAGAGGAGGGCCACGAAGAUGGUUAGGAGUCAAAGCUCCUUUCCUUAUGCAACUCGCCUAGUAAAUCUGAACCUCUUUCCUUUGAGUUACAGGCAACUUCGCGGGGAUCUCUUGCAAGUCUUCCGCAUUGUAAAGGGGUUUGAUUGCAGUCUGGCCUUCGAGAACUUCUUUGAAUUUGCUACCACGACCAGCCUCCGAGUUCGCCCGUUAAAACAGUGCACUCAGCAGGCACGGCUGGCUGUGCGGAAGUUCUCCUUCUCGGAUCGGGUGGUCAAACCAUGGAAUGAGCUUCCCGCAGAUGUUGCGAUGUCACAUUCUAUACAAAGAUUUUUCAGAAGAAUCUGGACACAUUUAUGUUCCGAAAUGACCAAGAGUGAUGAGAGGUCGAGCACACCCCCUGUUACUCCUUCUCUUUUUUCCUUCCAUUACUGGCGUGUUCGAACUAGUUUAGCCCAAAACAUCUAUCUGUAAACCACACAUUUUUUUACGUUGCAAAUAGGGUACUCAAAGACUUACGCCUAUUUCCCUCAAUAAACUGAACUGAACAGUACUUCAAGUGUGCGGCAGAACCUUUGAAAAUAAAGAUUCAAUUCAAUUGAAUUCAAUUAUUUUUAUUAAGAACCCGUCGGGGUCACAUCAAAGCAAGUAAAAAUAAAUUCACAUGCAAAUUUUAGACGAGGUAGGCAAAAUCUGUGCAAAGUGCAAUACAUAGUUUUUGAGCUUAGAAGUCCGUUAAGCAAAAUGAAGAAAUUAGGGGUGAAAAAAACUCCAAAGGAAAAUUUACAAAUGAUUGUAGUAAUUUAACAGGAGAAAAAAAACCCCUCAGAAAAAUAGCAUCAGAAAAAUACAGGGAGGACUGGCCUGCAUGUGGCGGUACAGAAUGGAAUAUAGUCCGACAUCAACAUGGCCGAAAUAAAUGUCAGCUGUAUAUGGCAUUGUGUAACGGAUUUCAUAAAAUGGUACGUAGGCGGGUCAGUCAGGACUGGCCUGUAUCGCCUUGAAUAAGAAAAAUAAGUGGCGAAAUUGAAAACCAGUCUCGAGCUGAUAGGAACCCAGAUGCGGUCGGUUUCAUUCAACCGAGUCCAUCCGAGCAUGGGGGAAGGGAGAUGCGACCAGACUACAAGUAUAUGGCGAAUAUAGAAGGCUUUGUCAAGACCGCCGAUGGAGCGCAUUCUGUAAAGGCCCGGUGACAACCAGUCUCGAGGCGACAAGAACCCAGAUGCGGUCUGUUACAUUCAUCAGAGUCCAUCCGAGGAUAUGGCAGAGGAGAUGCGACCAGAUUACUAGUAUAUGGCGAAUAUAGAAGGCUUUGUCAAGACCGCCGAUGGAGCGCAUUCUGUAAGGGCACGAUGACAACCAGUCUCGAGGCGACAAGAACCCAGAUGCGAUCUGUUACAUUCAUCAGAGUCCAUCCGAGGAUAGGGCAAAGGAGAUGCGACCAGAUUACUAGUAUAUGGCCAAUAUAGAAGACUUCGCCAAGAGCGUCGAUGGAGCGCAUUCAGUAAGGGCAUCAUGAAGAUCGGUCCCGAGGCGAUAGGAACCCAGAUGCGGUCGGUUUCAUUCAACCGAGUCUAUCCGAACAAGGGGGGGAAGGGAGAUGCGACCAGACUACUAGUAUAUCGCGAAUAUAAAAGGCUUUGUCAAGACUGCCGAUGGAGCGCAUUCUGUAAGGGCCCGGUGACAACCAGUCUCGAGGCGACAAGAACCCAGAUCCGGUCGGUUUUAUUCAACCGAUUCCAUUCGAACAUGGGGUAAGGGAGAUGCGACCAGAUUACUAGUAUAUGGCGAAUACAGAAGGUUUCGCCAACAGCAUCGAUGGUGCGCAUUCUGUGAGGGCACGAUGCAUGAACUGAAAAAUUGGAAUAAUUAACAUUUCUGUUGAGGGAUCUUAGGUAGCGAGACUACUCAUAAAGGAAGGAAACGUGAACAGAUACGGAAAUUUAAUAGCGGCAUGCUUAAUUCCCGGUGGCCCUUUCUCAGUGUCAUAGAAAAAGUUGUCUGGGAAGGAUGAGGAAAAUAAAAGUUUAAUCGAGUCAGUAUUCAGAUAAAGGUGUAGCCUUCUCUUAAAGGUUUUCAGAUUUUCUGAAGAUCUUAUAUUUAUUGGAAGGUUAUUCCAGAGGAAAGUAUACCUGGUAGCGAAAAUGGGAGCGCUUAGAGGUGGAGGACGCUGGAGGAGGUAUAAUUAGUGACGAGUUGUGAAGAUUGUAUGGACGACUACUAGGGGUAAGUGUUGAAAUCCGAGGAAAAUUUGAACUAUCAUUAAUGCGAAAGAGGAGACAGAAGCCCGCUUCUAGUCUUCGAACCCAUAAGAAUUUUAGGUUAAUUAGCUGGCAUCUAUCUGAGUAUGAGAUAUUGGGAUGUUCCCUAUCUAAAAGUUUUUUAGAAAAACGUCUUUGGACAUUUUCAAUUUUUAAACGACUGGCUUCAUUCAUCAAACCAAAGAAUGGGCAACAAUACUCGAGAAUGGGAAGUAAAAACAUACGAUAGAGCCUUAAUUUAAUUUCAGGAAGAUAGAAAUUGUAAGAAAUAAAGCCACAAAUCUGGGCAGCUUUGAAUGUAAUUCUGUCAGCGUGCGGCGAGAGAUCAAGAUUACUAGUGUAGCUUAAACCUAAAUCCUUGAUGGUGGUACAUUCAGUCAUAGGUGUGCCUUGAAAGACCACUGGUUGGGGUAGCCUAUCAGGUCCAAAGCACAUAUAACGACAUUUAGACGGAGAGAAUUCCAUUAGCCAUUUUGAGCUCCAAGCUGAGAGUCAAGCAAGUCAGAUAAAAUGUCAGAUGAAAUGACAUUCUUAAAGGUGUGCAGGCAUUCUUUCGCACUCAAUCUGCAGAAGCUAACGAGAAGCUAUCGAACCCCAGGGAACGGUCUCGUCCCCUACAACCAGGUAUUACUUCAUGAGUUUCCCCCGUAUCUGCCCUACUGGAUGGUGGGGAGACUAGCAUCUCGUUUGUCCAAUUAAGUUUCCCGAAGGAGACAACAAUCCUUACAAAGGAUCCUAAAGGAAGUAUUUUGAACUAAUAUCUAAUCCAGUGAGGCGUACCAGUUGCCUUCUGGAGCACCUUCUUAAAACACUCUGAGGAUAUCAAAUUUUCGGCCGUCCACAGGCAAGAUCUUUGCUAAUUUCCACAUCCUUUACUGCAGCCCCAUUUAUGUAAUGCUGUUCUUAUGGACAAAGAUUUGACCAGAGUUCAGUUGUAGGAACAAACAUCGGAGUUUCUUAAAUUUUAGGAGACACCUGUAUGGCAAAUCAUUCGAUUGCAAUGUCUUUAUAUCGUUGUCAUUGUUGAUGUUAGGCUUCAUUUUUAUGUUAUCGACGGACAUGACAGGCUUAUUGUCUAAUUCCCUGGCGCAGACACUCAUACAAAUCAGGGAGAGUAGUUGGCCUAAAGCGAAAUCUCCAGGCAACAACAUUCAAACUUUACUCAUCCUGGCGUAUAAUUAUCAUCAACAGGAAAUUCACAAUUCAUUUUAAUUGUCUUCCUCGGAUACCAGUUACUCAAAUCUUCUGCAUGAAUGAUCACUCUGGUUCGUUAUCGAAAGCUUCCCAGAAAUCAAUAAAUUGCUUCUACGGAUGUCAUGCGCAGAAUAGACUAGAGAGGGUUUAUUAUGGCCCCCCUCGGGCGUUCUCAGACUAGCGUCCAUUCGACCUUUGUUCAUUAUCAUGUAAGUAAUGCAUACUCAUAUGCCAUCGCACGUUGGCUUGUCUUCUUUCAGAUAAUUUAGGUUAUCUUUUCGCCACGUCGUCCGAGUGAGUUACAUAAAAUUUAUAUGGAAAUGCCUGGACGGCAAUGUUCGGUAUCUAGUCGUGAUCCCCAACAAUAAAUGAGUGUGAUAAGUACACUCUUCCAUUAUUCCUGUGGUUCACCGAUUUGAAUAUUUCUACAGUGUAAUGGAAACCGAUUCGUACAGUUCAUUGGCAAGCCCUGGGAGUGCGAAUACAAAUGUUUGAUCCGGACCCAAUUAUUUGGUGUAUUCCAAUCAGAGUAGUUUCACCCAAACUAGUAUUUACGAAGAGUUCAUUUCCUCUGCGGAGGUAGGGAGGGUACACGUAGAGGGUUAACGAUUUUAUUCGGUCAUUGAUGGUGUUCACUAGAAAAACGCCAACUCUGAAAAUCGCUGCGGUUCAAAAGCAUCGUUGUAUGCCACGAGAAUCGUAGGUGUGUGUCUAAUUUAGGCUUGAACGUCUCUGUUGAGUCUGUUGUUGUUACUCUCUGCUUGAGGCACUUACAAAGGUAUGAUGAGUCAGACCAGUGGGUAGGGGUGUAAACACCUGGCCACCACUGACUGAAGAGUCUGCGUUCUGGAUUAAAAACGGCAAAAAUCUGCAGCCUCCACCUCUUGUUGAAAUCAGACAGAGAGGUAAAGUCCACGGACUUCGUAAUGACGGAUAAUGGAUUCAGUGAUUUCCUCACCGAGAAGGAUGUGCUCUAGAAACGGAAGACGAAUAGCAGUUUAUUUAAACAGGGAAUAAUCGUUCAGAAUGUCUGCCUUUUUGUGUACGACGUUUAAGUCCCCACUAUAAUUGAAUAGGCUUAUUUAAGCGCCCCUUGGGCACUGCCAGUCUCCCUUCAACACAGAAAAAAAACCUUAAACAAACUCAUCCAUUUCGAUUGCACUUUGACUUCAUUUGUUAUGGGUGGCUCUUUAGCCAAUAGAACCCGAAUCGAGAGUUUGUUUUUAGUUAAAAAAACCUGAGUUCCAAGGAAAAAUAAUCGCAAAAGUCGUAAGAAAGAACGAGAUGUACAAUGUAAAAAUUAAAGUGUGCAGUUUGGUAGUUUCUGGGUGGUCAUGAAUAAUAUGUCCUUCACGGAAAUUGAAGAACUUCGAUAUCGGCCUGACCUUGAAAGUAUUUUCCAGUUGGGUUAAUUUGGGUGUUUUCUAGUUGGUGGUGUUAUACUCGAGUUAUCUGAUGGUUUAGUCUCGUCUGUAUUGGGGCUUUUGGAACGCGCUUGAAGCUGUUCGUCAACAGAGGUCAUAGCAGACAUAUUCAUUACGACUCUUACUUGCACGGGGAUCUUGUACGUCCGACCACACGGGUUUCAACAGAAAAUAUCAGCAAUGAACUGCCAACAAGGAAACAUUUAUUAAAUCGAGAAUUGGGAGCGGGAUGAAUCGCGGUUUGUGUAUCAAAUAUGUGAAGGAGAACUCCAAUGGAGGGGGGAAACCAGAAGAUAUGAACUAGCCUUCCUCCGAUUUAUCAUCCUUUCUGUCUAGGGGUCGGUACGCGGGGUUCCAUCUCCUGCACGUCCGCUUAAUGAUCGGUCAACGUUGCUUUAAAGGAUGCGGAAUGUCGCUCAGGGGAACGUUAACAAAGGAAGUAAAACAAACUUAACUAAAAUAUCUGUUUUUUUACAGUGGUUGUAAGUCUAUAUGGCCAGGUUUAAAGGGCAGCCGCACAUCUCUUUCGUUUUCCAUGAGGCUGGACUAAGAGCUGGGAAAGAUGAGUAUAUACCAGAAGUAAAAACAUUCAAUAGUAAGUCACAAUCAAAAAUGUCAAAAUAAUAUAGAAUCAUGUAGCAUAUUGUUCUUGUGAAUGUGACAUGAUGGGAGUAGUGGUCGACUGUUUACUAUGAUCUAACAUAGUUGUAUAUAUGCUUAAUAUGGGCUUAAUAUAGACGUACGUACAACUAAUUUGCAGGGUUUUAUCGAAAGGAAUGUUUUUAUUAGCUCCUUGCCGGUAGAAACGACAAAGAGAGAAAAGAAAGAAUAUCACUAUCUGUUUUAUGUUUAUCAAUUAUGAUGUCUUUCAUAAAUUUGAUUGUUUUAGUCAUAUGCUCCGGUAUUAUUCACGCGGCUGACACCAUCAGAGUCCUUAUGGACCAAAUUCUGUAUCAAAGAAGUGAUCUGAUAAAUGCCCCUUUUUAUUCAAAAAUAAAUUCGUAUUUUUAUUUAAAAGGAAUCCCUUAGUUUUUAUUUGAAAGUCGAAUAGGGUUCGACUUUUCCGGAUAGAACUUGGAAGAGCAUUUCCGAUAAUUGCGUAUCUUAUGGUGUAGAAAUUCGACCUUUGAGACUUUGUGAAUUUGGGGAUUCUUAUAAUAUCUUCGUUGUUUCUGCUGUUUCCAGGGACAUUUUGGUUUGUUAGUAAAUUCAUUUUGAAAACGUCUCGGUCAUCGGUGACCUUGAAUAGGAAGUGUAGACCAUUUUGGAGUCUUCUGAUCCAGAGGGGUCGAAGACCCUAUUUAUGUUAUAGUUCUAAGUAUGAACCCUGGAUGCUAUCACUUCUGGACAGAGAUAUAGUAAAACGUCUCUGAAUGCCUUUUAGUUUCUUUCGGCCGUCUGAGUGCAUUAUAUCGAAAAAGACUGAGCAAGAAUCUAGGAGAGAUAAGACGUUCAUUUUGAAAAGUUGUAUUCUUAGUGCAUUUAAGUUGAAAUUUUUACAAAUGAAUCCACACAGGCGAGUGGCUUUCGAUGAUAUUUGCUGGACGUGGGGAGAUAAAUCAAGGGUAUUUACAUAGCUGAGGCCUAAAUCUUUUACCGGUGGGGCGUCCGUUAUUUCAUUAUCCUCGAAAAUUAUUGCGGAAGUUUUUGUGAGCGAAACAUCAGGAGAUGACACUUUUCGGGUGAAAAGGGCAUCUGCCAUUGAAAACUCCAUUCGCUGAGUUUUUGCAGAUCGGUUUCGAUUGUUCUGUGUAUAUGGGUAACUGUGUUCCCGUUAUAUGUAUAUGCAAGUUUCAGGUCGUCCGCAUAUAAAAACAGCUUAACUGAUACUGAUAUGAACGAUAAGUCGUGACAAUAUAUUAGAAAUAGAAGGGGGCCUAGGAUAGUGCCUUGAAGUACUCUCCUGGCAAUAGGGAAUAUUUCUGAGACUACGUUUCGAAUUUGCACCACUUUAUAUCGCUUUUGAAAAUACGACUUAAUAAAAUUGAGAAGGGGAUGCCAAAUUCCAUGACUUUUUAGCUUUAUCAGUAGUCUUUUAUCGGGGACUUUGUCAAAGGCCUUUUUUAGAUCGAAGUACAUUGGAGAUACUGUGUUUCCAUAAUCUCUAUUGCUAGAAACGAAUUUCGAAUAAUUAAGGUGGCAGGACUGACAAGACUUUCUCGGUAAAAAUGCAUAUUUAGAGGAGGUAAUGUGGUUUGCGUUUUUGAGAUGGUCUAGCGAUUGGUUGUGGACUAUUUCCUCGUAGUGUUCUGUGAACACCACGAUAGUUUUGGGUAUGAGAUCGGUUGCCGCUUUUAAAGAUAGUUGCAAUGGUCUAGUAUUUCCACAUGUCCAGAAAAAUUGCAUUUGACGGAAGAAGGGUAACUAACUUAGAUAGGAGUAUUAGAUCAUAUGUCAUACGCUUACUUCUGUCUAGGAAAAGCAGCCUCCGAAACUCUCACAAGGAAGUUUUUUUUCAACUGGACUAUUCUCCAGCAGAACGUCUGAAACGCCGCGAAUUAGUGACGGAGCUGAAGAGGAGACUUGCAGCAGGAGAAAGCAACUUGGCCAUUUUCAGGGGACGAGUGAUACAGAGGAACGCGAUGUUGUUUUGGAACCAGCCAGUCAUCAUGAUGGUGGCAGCAACAUAAUAUUGGCAAACCCGAGACAAACCGAACGAAGCACUGUCGAAUGUUGCAAACUAAAAUUCUUUUACACCAAUGCUCAGAGUCUGUUUUCCAAGCUUGGCGAACUGAGAACACAGGUAGCCGAUACUCUUCCCUAUGUUAUAGCAAUAACAGAAACGUGGCUGUCAGAGGGCGUUGGUGAUUUCGAGGUAGCAUUAACAGGAUACCAUUUGUUUAGAAGAGACAGGAGAGGCCGCCGGGGUGGAGGAGUUGCCAUGUAAGUCAAGAGCAACUUAGCAGUGUGUGAGAGGACCGACAAGAUUUCUAACGACACAAAGGCAAUUUGGCUGACUAUAAAGGCGCGGGGAUCUCAGUCCCUCGAAGUCGUAACUAGCUACCUGCCCCCGCAGGCGGAUCCCGACCCAGAUACUUGUCUUCUGAAAAGCAUAAAAGAGAUCGCCAGCCGACCAGACGUUGUUCUCAUGGGGGAUUUCGAUGCACCCUGCAUUCAAUGGAGAGAUAUACAUGCAAAGUGCUCGAUGAAUACCUUCGAUUAACAUGUACUAAAGUCAACCCUAGAAGAUCUACUCACGCAACAUGUCCUGUUUCCAACAAGAGCUCGUGGAGUGCAACAGGCCAGUUGUCUGGACCUCGUUUUUACCAAAGAUCCUGACAGUAUAGACGAGGUGUACUACCUACCCCCGCUCGGUCGAAGUGAUCAUGUAGUGCUUUUAUGGGAGUACUUGCUGUAUUCUGAACCGUGUACAAAAGACAAUACGAGGCCAAAUAUAUGGAAAGGGGACUUUCGCCAAAUGAGAGCUGAGGCAUCACAGAUAGACUGGGAUGUUCUCUUCUUCGGAAACGUUAACGAGGACUGGAAUUUAUUCAAGGAUCGUUUACUGCAUCUAAUGAAGAACCACUGUCCCUUAUCAAAUCCUAGGACAUCCAAUCGCCCUCAGUGGCUUACACGAGAACUCAAAAGGGAGAUCAACAAGAAAGGAAGGUCAUGGAAGAAAUUUCGCGAGGACAACAAUAAUGCAGCGUUUACAGAAUGCAAAGUUCAAAGAAAUAAGGUGAAAAGUCUGAUUUUCAGGAGGCGACGAGAUUUUGAGGGAAAUUUGCUCCACCGAGCCGUUAAAAAUCCGAAAUUGCUCUACAGCUAUUUGCGGAAAAGCACACGUAACAGGAAUCCCAUUCCUGUUAUGAGGGAUGAUGACGGCUUGGAGAUCUCGGACAGUAAAAAUAAGGCUGAGCACUUUUCUCAAUUUUUCCGGUCCGUUUUCACAAGAUAAGCAGAAAUUACCCCAUCUAAUUCUGAGAACAUGAGAGAUCCCACUAUCGAAAAUAUUGUGUUUCGAGAAGAAGCGAUUUUGGAAGAACUGAAAAGCUCGACGGAAUGUAAAUCUCCCUGUCCGGACGAGAUCCCAGCAAAGCUGCUCUUUGAACUUGCCCAACAGCUGGCCAAGACACUAUCCUUUCUGUGCUAGAAAUAGUUUGAUGCUGGAAUUCUUCCCACAGACCGGAAGACGGCCCACAUUACACCCCUUUACAAAAGCGGUAGUCGUGCUCAGGCGACAAACUACAGACCCGUCAGUCCGACAUCAAUCUGCUGCAAAGUGAUGGAGAAAAUCAUCAAAAAGGAGUUGAUGGCUUACUUGGAAACCCACAACCUCUUGUCCAAUGCACAAUAUGGUUUCCGUAGGGAAGAUCAUGUGUUACGAACUUUCUAUACACAAUGCAAAGUUGGACACGAGCACUGAACGCAAAACACACCGUGCAUGAUGCCUAUAUUGAUUUUCGGAAGGCGUUUGACAGUGUUCCGCACCAGCGUCUCCUACACAAGUUGAGAAUUAUGGGCAUCGGUGGCAAACUUCUCAAGAGAAUCGAAAAUUUCCUUGUCGGCCGCUCCCAAAUUGUCUGCGUAGAACAACAGCAAUCAAAGUGCACAUUCAAAGAGAGUGGGGUCCCACAAGGCUCGGUGGUCGGACCAACCAUCCUUCUCUUGUUCAUCAAUGAUUGUGUAGAUGGGUUGGACUGUGAUAGUGCCAUGUUUGCGGACGACAUAAAAAUCUGGAAAGUCAUCCAGAAUGCUGCCGAUGAGACCAACUUCCAAGAAAAUCUUUGUCUAUUGGACGAGUGGUCCCGCAGAUGGCUCAUGUCCUUCGAUUUGAACAAAUGCACCAUUCUGCGCCUCGGAAAUCAGAGCCCUAGUACGCGGCAAUACCAUCUAAACGGAAUGUCACUCCGAGAGGCAGAAACUCAGAAAGAUCUCGGAGUAUGGGUUGCGGAUAGCCUAAAGCCUUCUACACAGUGCUGUAAGGCGGCCAAGGCCGCAACCUCAAUGCUAUAUGCCAUCAAGCGGGCAUUCGUAGUUUUCGAUGAAGACUGCUUCACCAAAGUCUUCGGCACGUUUAUAAGGCCCCAUCUCGAAUAUGCAAUUCAGGCCUGGAGACCGUGAAUGCAUCAGGAUUACGAUUUGCUCGAAAGGGUGCAGAGGCCAGCCACAAAAUUAGUAAGAGUUCAAAGUGCACUGCCAUACGAGAUCCGCUUAACUAACCUUAAUCUCUAUCCUCUGAGUUAUAGGCAGUUGCGCGGAGUCAUGAUGCAAACUUUCCGUAUCAUGCGCGGCUUGGAUUGUGCCCUUCGGCGCGAUGACUUUUUCAAACUCGCCACUACAACUCACUUCCGGGGACAUCCCUUCAAGCUACGUGUGCCACAGGGUAGACUGAAUGUGAGAAAAUAUUUCGGCAGAAGCCCAACAGGCAGCCACAGUGAGAAAUCCUCUCUAGGUGGGUCGGGUACAACGGGAUGGCGGUUUUGAGGGGAAGAACGGGCGGGGCAAACGGCAAAGGACACUAAAUUGGCAGAUAGAAGCCGAAAAAUGUUGAAAAUCGAAGGAAAAUAAAUAUUUGUUUUAAUGAAGUCAAAAAUAGGGGGAGGAUGGCGCGCAAAUAGGGAAAACCGUAGGCAAUGACCAAUCAAAUGAGGGCUGGCCGGGGACGUGAUGUGAUUGGCCGCCGGGGCGAGUAAACCUGAACCGCCAAGCGGCUAACCAAUGGGAUCAUUGGCGCCGCACUUGAAAGUGGUGUGCGUUAGAUAGGAACGAUGCGUACGAUGCACAAAGGGGACGCUGGCGGUCAGCGGUGUACUGCGGUUGGGUAAGAGUAUUUGUAUAAAGUGCUUAUGACAAUUGCAUCACUACCCGGCCCCUUACUGACCCCCCUCCUCAACCCCUCCCUAUUUGUUAUAUCGGUGAUCUCCACGGCAUGCACCGUUUAGUACGCAUAACGUGAACAAUGUUUAAGAUACGUGGACGUACUCCAACACCACCGCACCAACCUACAGCAAGUCGGCAAACUCCCGACCUUGGCGGUCGCUGUUUUACGGGAUUUGCAAGUAUCCAUGGUGAGAACAGCUUGUAGGCCUACGUAACCCUUUUAAGUUUACAUUUAUCCGCCGUAACCCAAAUUGGGGGACCAGGCGUGGAAGAACAGAUAGACGAGACGCUCAUAAGUCGCGGCAAAUAUAACAGGGGACGACCGCGGCGGCAGUUGUGGGUCAUAUAUGUACGAUACACGGAGGCGGAAAGCCCUAUUUGAGCAGAUUAACAACCGCAGCUGGGAGUCCAUGAGGCCCGUCAUAAGGAAGUGGGUGGCUGCUGGUAGUGUUAUCGUAACCGAUGAGUGGAAAGGUUGCACCCGCCUACCGUCCGAAGGUUGUAGGCACUGCACUGUGAACCGCCGUAGGGGCUUCGUGAAUCCCACAACGGGACGGCAUACGAACGCCAUAGAGGCCAACUGGAGCAGAUUAAGGGGGAACCCUAAUAGCAAGCGAGCUCGCCGCAAACCGGUGUACUUGGGGGGGAGGGGGUAGUGGGUCUGGAGCCUGCUCGCGGUUUGGAUUGGUUCCCGGGUCGGCUGCGUCGGCGUCGCCAAGGGCGCAAGCGGCCGCGCAUAGUUGCACUUGAUUAUCGAUUAGCUUCGGUGCCCGAUAGUCCUCUGCCUCUUGCCGGUGCCACUUUUUGCUCUCUCAUGCUGCACUGCACACGUCGUGUCUCGCUCUACGCUGACAAUGCCUACCCUAACUGUCUUUGUCUUUGUGUUCGCUUGUGUCUCCUUUUACGCACACUUAUAUUUACUCCUGUUAGUAGGCGUAACAAACGGCGUCAAGCCUACCUACUGCGAUUGCAGCCGUUACCUACUGACGAUGGGAAAGCUGGCGAUUGAGGAAAGCCUACAAACGCCAAUUGGAUAAGCUAACCAACGAGCGCGCAGACGAAGACUGGAAGGUGUGACUCUGUACUUCGUCCACAUGCUCUCCAUGCCUACCUACAGUGCCUGUGGCCGUUACCGGCCGGUCAAAGAGGGAGCUGUCGUUUUAGGAUAGGCAACCAUCGACGAGUGGAGAAACUAACCAACGAAGGCGCAGACGAAAGACUGGAAGGUAUGACUCUGUACUUCGUCCACUUACUCUCCAUGCCUACCUACAGUGCCUGUGACCGUUACCGGCCGGUCAAAGAGGGAGCUGUCUAAUGAGGAGAGCCAACCACCGGCGAUUGGAGAAACUAAACAGCGAACGCGCAUACGGAAGACUGGAAGAUAUGACUCUGUACUUCGUCCACUUACUCUCCAUGCUUACCGACAGUGCCUGUGGCCGCUACCGGCCGGUCUAAGAGGGAGCUGUCGUUUGAGGAGAGCCAACCAUCGACGAUUGGAGAAGCUAACCAACGAAGGCGCGGACGGAAGACUGGAAGGUAAGACUCUGUACUUCGUCCACUUACUCUCCAUGCCUACCUACAGUACCUGUGGCCGUUACCGGCCGGUCAAAGAGGGAGCUGGCGAUUGAGGAGAGGCAUCCAUCGACGAGUGGAGAAACUAACCAACGAAGGCGCAGACGGAAGACUGGAAGGUAAGACUCUGUACUUCGUCCACUUACUCUCCAUGCCUAACUACAGUACCUGUGGCCGUUACCGGCCUGUCAAAGAAGGAGCUGUCGUUUUAGGAGAGCCAACCGUCGACGAUUGGAGAAGCUAACCAACUAAGGCGCGAACGGAAGACUGGAAGGUAAGACUCUGUACUUCGUCCAGUUACUCUCCAUGCUUACCGACAGUGCCUGUGGCCGUUACCGGCCGGUCAAAGAGGGAGCUGUCGUUGUAGGAGAGCCAACCACCGGCGAUUUGAGAAGCUAACCAGCUAACGCGCAGACGGAAGACGGGAAGAUAUGACUCUGUACUUCGUCCACUUACUCUCCAUGCCUACCUACAGUGCCUGUGGCUGUUACCCGCCGGUCAAGAGGGAGCUGUCGUUUUAGGAGAGCCAACCGUCGACAAGUGGAGAAACUAACCAGCGAAGCCGCAGACGGAAGACUGGAAGGUAAGACUCUGUACUUCCUACACUUACCCUCCAUGCCUACCUACAGUGCCUGUAGCCGUUACUGUCCCGUCAUAGAGGGAGCUGACGAUUGUGGAGAGCCAACCAUGGACGACUGGGAAAGCCAACCAUGAAAGGCACGGACGGAAGACUGGAAGGUAUGACUGUGUACUUCGGCCACUUACUCUCCUUGCCUAGCUGUAGUGCCGGUAGCCGUUACUGGCCGGUCAUAGAAGGAACUGUCGAUUGUGGAGAGCCAACCAUGGACGAUUGGGGAAGCCAACCAAUGAAGGUGCGGACAGAAGACUGGAAGGUAUGACUGUGUACUUCGUCCACUUACUCUCCAUGCCUACCUGCAGUGCCGGUGGCCGUUACUGGCCGGUCAUAGAAGGAACUGUCGAUUGUGGAACGCCAACCAUGGACGAUUGGAGGAGCCAACCAUGGAAGGCGCGGAGGGAAGACUGGUAGGUAUGACUCUGUACUUCCUACACUUACCCUCCAUGCCUACCUACAGUGCCUGUAGCCGUUACUGUCCCGUCAUAG